AUGGCAGAUCCGCCGCUCCACCUUUCGUCAGGCUGUGGCGAACCCCCUCUCGUUCGUCCUGCCGCCGACGCGGGGGAGGCUGCCUCCCUGCCGAGUCUUCAGAAACCCGCAGCCGCGCAGCCCUCGGGGAAGGCUACCGCUGCACGGCUUUUCCAAAACACUCCUUCUCCCCUCGUCGGCCUUCCUCUCGGGCUGGGCAAUCCGAGUGAAGCGGCGGGCGUAAACCUGUCUUAUCUUCAGCAAGCGGCGCAGGGACCGGCGGCCUCUCUCUCUGGCGCGCCACGUCGCUCCGACCUUUCGUUUGCUGCGCCGUCGCGGGUAAAGCAGGGAUCUGUCGAGAGCAAGGAAAACACCGGACCUGCACAUGCCGAAAGCCGGCUGCCUCCUGGGGCCCGCGUGGGCGGGGCCGACGCGCAGGCAGGCUUGCGUCUCGCCAGUCAGAAUGCACGGUCUCAGGCGCUGGAACCCGGGGCUCUGUUUCGUACGCCCCAUACACCCGGAACACCUCUUCACAACGGCCUGCAGCUGAUGCCGCCGCAGUCGCUGCACGAACGGUCUGCAGGCGCGGACAGCGCAGACGCCGCAGGGACGAUCACUUCUGCUUCAACCGCCUCCCUUCCAAACCGCGGGCUGGCUGCGGGCUCUGCGCCGUAUGCUCCCGGCGGUGGAGCCCACGCCGCAGGCGCUGCGGCCCAGGAAGGCCCGCACACGUCCAAACAGUUUCCGCCUGCGAACCGCCUUUCCUCGCCUUCUCCCCUUCCAGAGGCUUCGUCGCUGACCACUCUCCCUACAGGGAAACUGCUCGUGCCUUCGUCCGGAGACUCAACUGGCGUCCCUGCGGCGCCGCCCCUAGCUCGCUUUCCCACGGGACACCCGCGACUCGGCAAUGGACACUCGCCCGAAGGCCAAGGGAGGACAGACAGGCCUCUCCCGCUGCAGCCGCCGGCUUCCAGCCCGGCUCUGGGCGCGUCCGCGCCGAAUCGACUGACGCAUGCGCACUCUACGAAUUCUGGAACUUUGCUGAACGCCCGACCUGCGGCGGCAGUCACACCGGUUUCAGGCGCCUCCGGGGCGCUGGAUCUGCUAGCUGUCUUCUCCGCAGGAAGCUCGGGAAAUGCGUGCGUUGCAGGGGGCCAGCAGUUGGGAUCUUUGCGCGUCCCAGUGCAUGCCGGGCCUCUGUCGGUCUCUGCUCUAUCGGCCACCAACGCGCUGCCGUCUGGCGCCUCUUUGUCCUUGGCCGCCUCGUCAGCCCAGAGUCGAGUCGCGCCGAGAGUUUGCUCAGAUGCUGCGAAGCAGGAACCGCCUGUCUCUGCCCCGGUUGUCAAUUCUCCCUCUGCCGGGGCUCCGGCGAGGGACAGCUCGCAAGAACACUCCCUCGACAGUGGAGACCAGGUUCCGGGUGUCUCUCCACUGCCUUCCAGAUGUCUCUCCUCCCCGUUCGCGGCGGCCAAGGCCAGGCCUCUCCCUGCGGCAGGCUCUCCUGGUGGCCCGACCCCGAGUACCCUGUUGUCUCCUUCCUCAGCCGUCGUGGCGGCGAAGCGAAAAGUGCUGCCGUCGGGAGGCCAGGCGACGCCUCCCUUGCCAAACUGCGUUGCCGGCGCGGGCCCACCCGCGCCGAAAGCGAGCGGUCCAGCGCGGUGUCCUGUGGGGACUUCCAGCGGCGUCGCCAGUGCGCUGAGUUCGCCCGCCUCGGCCGGCGGUGCCGAGACUCCUCGAGGAUCUCAGGGCCCUCGCCGUUUGCCGGGAGGCCUUAACGCGGCUCUGGCGACGCGGAAGGACGCGCCAGGCACACCUGGACACCCGGUGGGUUUGGCUCGCGUCCAUGCGCCCCACGGGCCGUCCCAAGCUGUGAAAGUGCUCAGCCGCAGCGAGUGCUCCUCGCCCCACGUCCUUCUCUCCUCGACGCCGUCUCCUCCAGGGUCUCCCAGUCUCCGUCUCCAGCGCUCGGGGAUCCCGGCUGCAAAGGCCCGCCAGCGGUCGACUUCGGUGGGUGGCGGCACGCAGUCCUCGGCGGCCGUUCUGGCCGCAGCUGCGAGUCGCCUGGCGCAUCUGUCGGGGAAGGCUUCGUCUCCGACUGCGGUCUCCGGUCUCGGACCCACGCGUCUCCCUUCCUCCCCGACCAGCGUGGCCGGCUUGGGCUCGCUCCUGUCGCCCGGCGCAGGAAGCCCGCUCGCGGUCGGAGGGUCUCCGCUGUUCGGGCGCGGACUUGGAGCUCAACCGACUGACGCAGCCUCGCGCGCGGCAGCCGUCGUUGCCGCCGCCGCUGCGGCUGCAGCGGCGGGGUACUCGUCCCUCGCGGCAGCCACGUCUUCAGGGCUCUCUUCCUGCGCAGUCUUGAAGGCUUCGUCGACGCGUCCUGGGAACGCGCCGUCGCCGCGCGCGCGAGGUCACCCGCCUGCAGACUCGCCGUCGUCAGGCGCUGCCGGGGCCCGGAGGCCCGCGCCUGCUGGCAAGGCUGGCCCGACGAUUCCAGGGAGGAGUUCCGCGUCUCCGGACACGCGCCGCGAGAGUCUCGGCGGGGACGGCGCGUCCAAGCCGGGGCCAAAUGCAGCGGCCGGACGAGAGGAGACAAAGAGCACGCCAAAAGAGAAAGAGUCAGAGGGGGACACAUCGGCAGGCAGACGGGUCUCCUCGGGCGGGGGGAACAGCCCUCCGAGGCAAUCCGGGAAACCGGGGGACGAGGCACAGGCUUCCGAGAAGACCGCGUCCGAUCGGCUGCAGAUUUUGGCGUCGCUCUUUCCUCGAUCGGAGACGACACUCGACUCGAGUUGCAAGUCUCCGCGAUCGGGGUCGGUGUCCAGCGCUGUCGGAACGUCACCAGAAGGGUCCGCAGCGCAUGCACCGGGUCCCCCUGCGAGUGAAGAUUCUGAAGACGCGUACCUGCGGGCGUUCUGGAAACACGAACUGGGCAUCUCCAAGGUCCCGCGGUUCCUCGAUGACAAUCCUCGCGGAGAAGGCUGGUUCGUUGUCGCCAGCGCCCUCCCAGCAUGCGUGUCGCGACAAGAACUUCUUCGCGAGAAAGUCCGCGCGCACUUGGCUCCACAACUCGAAGCGGCCAUGGGGCAGACGCAGGCGCCGCCUCGUGGCUUCAGAGAGACGAUCUUGGGGGCGAUGAAUCCCCUCUGCGCGGGGCGCCUUGACCGUCCCCGCACCGACAGAGAGGGACGGAGAGUCUCGGGCGCCUCGUCUCCCUCCCACACGCUUCCUUCGGAUGCACUUUCUUCUCGGCCGCCGUCGCCGGCGAGGGACGGUGCCUCGGCGAACGGCCGCGGCUCUCUGCGUCAGCUGCCGGCGGAGGAACGCAGCGAGAGAGACAGCAGCAAGCGGCCGGGGGACGAAGGCCCGGGAGAGACAGGAGCCGAAGGCCGGAGCGAGGCAGACGGUUCCGGCGAGGAGCCUACGCCCCCCUUCAAAAAAAGAAGAACAGAGGAAGACUUCUUUUCCGCGGGCGCAAACACGGGCGUCACGCCGCCGGACGAUCUGCUUCAUGUUCUUCCUCGCCUAUCCAGUGCGGAGCGACGGCGGAUGCGACAAAUGGAACGUCCGUCUCUCUCCAAGGCACAAAGAGAGAAAGUCACGCAGCAUCUUUGCGCGUCAGCGAGAAACCUCUUCCAGUGCGUCCAAGAAAUGCAAAUGCUCGGAGCCCUACCGCGAGCAAUUGCCGCCGCGCCGGAGGCGCCUCCAAACGGACUGACCGACUCCCGAAGCGCAGCACUGGAGGAACUCAGAAAGGCCAUGCUCGACCUUCCACCGUCAGCUCUCUGCACGGGGUUGCAUGCGCCAGAAUCUUUUCCUUCCUCGUCUUCGUCUCUGCGACAUGCGUCUCGCCUGUCUUCUGCUCCGAGCUGUGGGAGAGACAAGGGUGACAGCGGCGACGAACGGGCAGGGAGCGCCGAGGAAGACGACUCAGAGAGGCGCGACAUCUUCUUCCACCUAGGAAAGGACAGUCCUGCUGGUUCGGCCUCGGGGCCUCUCUCUCGAGGUUUGCCAGGCCAAGACUCUGCGGCGCCCCCAGGCGGGACUGGCUCUGCGGGGCCGGCUUUCCCCAGCAGACGAUCCGGACAGGAGCCAUCAGGACCCGAAGUCGCCUCUUCGAGUCUUUCAGCUGUCUCCGAUUCGCUUCCGGAGGCGCCGGCUGAGGGCCCUCUAGCCGCUUCGUCCUCGACUCUCGAUGUCUUUCUGUUGGCGGAUGAAGACAUGGAUGUCUGGUCCGAGGAGGAAGGCGAGGCGUGUGCGGAUGCCUUUCCGUUUGGACCAGCAGACCCGUAUUCCGUCUUGUAUUCGGCGCCCCACGAUGCUUCCCCGUCCCGUCCGCCGUGGGCAGAUCUCGCAAACGCGUUUUCGGCUUUCGCGUCAGUCUCGCUUCCCUCGCGGGUUCCGGGAGACGGCGCAUGCAGUUCGAUUUCGCACCAGGGGGGUUCUUUUCCUUCGUUUUCUGUCCCGCGAACGCUCCACCAAGCCUUUCAGGAGGAGCGGGCGGCGUUGCCGUGGCGCGUGCCGCCUGAUCUGAAUGAAGAGGAGUCGGCGGCGUGGCUGAGAGGAGCGAUACGCGACCAGAAAGUGCGCGAGACGGAAUUCCGGAAUUUCCGCCUCUUCCAGCUCGAGCGAAAGGCGCUUGGAGUCCCUGGCGUGCCCUUCUUGGGGCCCUCGCGCGGUCGAGGGGGAGAGACCCCGGCGACAGGGGACUCUCGCGGUCUCAGGCUGCUUUCGUUGACGGAGGAAGAAGAAGAGGAACUUCGGUGGCUUCGCGAGGAGCGGAGACGCCAGUGGGAAAAGGCGGAGAGUUCGAAGCGGCUUUUGCGGCCUGUGCUGUGUGCGAAGGACCUGAAAGAUCAGAAGCGCGCGCAAACACGACUGCGCAAACUGUCUGAGAAACUGGCUGACAGGGAACGUCGCCGAAGCGAGGACGUUCGACGUCUUCGAGAGCUUCGCGAGGCAGAGAUCAAACGUUGCGAGGAAAGAAAGAUCCACGCCGCACAGGAAGAGAAAGAGAGAGACGCCAUGCAAGCCGAAGACGACCGCGCACGCGAACGGGAGGGCUGCGCUCGCAGGGAGAGAGAAGGAACGACCGAGGAAAAGGGUGGAGAACUCCGCGACGUGCACCGUAGCGAAGAGACAGGAGUUCCCGGCUGUGUGGCGCAAAAAAGAACGGCCUGCAGCCGCGAGGAAUCCACUUUGCCGGGGGGUUCUGGCGAGCAUGCAGGGUGGACGAUCCCCACUCCGGGUCCAUUGCCUUCAGCUGGUUUUCCCUCUCCGCAGAGAAGCGCCGAGGAAGCGUCUCCGAGCGGAGCGCCUGCAGAGUCCGUAUCUGUGGCCAAGCGGCCGGGGCUUGGUGAACCGGGGCAUGGACCGUCUUCCACCGGUCUCGCUGUGACGCCCGACACGCCUCAGAAGCCAGUGGAGGAAGUUGCCUCCCCUUUAUCCAGAGGGAACGCGACGGGGGAGGUGAAUGGGGAAUCUCAGGUGCCGGGGGCCGCGCCUGGAGCUAAGGAGAUGCCGCGUCUGAACGUGAGUAGGUCGGUCUCCGGGCUGCAGCCUGCGAAGGGAGAGGCGGCUGCAACCGGCGGAGAAAGCCUUUUUUCUGUUGCUUCCGCAGAGGCUGCCACCAGGGAUGGUGCAGGCGACGGCGAGAACGGAGAUGACAAGACUUUGCGGAGACUUGCAGCGCCCCUCGGCUCCGACGGGUCCUUGAGGCCUGGAGACGAGAAAGACGCUCCGCGCCCCGUGGCGCAUGCAGGAUGCGGCACUUCCGACAGCGACCGGCUGGCGUGUGCCGAAAGGUUAGCCAGUUCGGCUGGAGAGGGAGGGCCUCCUGCUUUUACCCCGCCAGUGCCUGGCGAAGUGGCGUCCGGAGGAAUGCAGACGGGUGACGCGGAAGACGCUCGUGUAUACAGGGGUCGAGAAGGAAAAGAAAACGAAAUGAAGGCUGCAUGCGGCCCCCCGCGGGCCCAGCCGCCCUCAGGGGCUCUUGGCGGAGACCAACCAGGCCUACGGCCGCGUUUGGAGGGUGGAGAGGGCGAGGGUCAACUGAACGCGCGUCGCGAGGGGGGUCAAGGCGGAACGGUCCAAGAGUGCGCCGCCGACAAGAGGGUUCACGUAGAGAGCCAAGUUCCAAGUGGAGUCCACGUGCUGCAUGCACUGCAGGAGGGUCCAGAAAGUGCGAAGUGCCAACCAGUUCAGCACCAGUUGCAACAGAGACAGCUUCAGCAGUUGCUUCAAUUCCAGCAAACCCCAAGGCCCGCAGCCCUGGCAGCCGGAGCCGAGGGGACGCAUGCGCUGGCGCCCGCCGUGGCGAAUGCGAGGUAUCGAGAGGGCUCCCCGCCUCCUCAAGUCUCACAGGCCAGGGAGCGCCAACGUGCAACGGUCCAACUGCCCGCGCAAGGCAUGCAGCAGCCUCACCUCCAAGCUCUCUUGGAGCGGAAGCAGCAGCUGUUGCGACAGCAGAUUCUUCAGAACGUCCUCGCCCAGCAACAGCAACAGCCCCGGCCGCGGUGA